GAGCUGUUUCGAGAAUGUUCCACAGCUCUCUUGUAUGCCUCUCUUUUCCAGAGCAGUUUAUCUUUUGCUGUUCUGUCCCACACACAUUCUCAAAUAAUACACUGUGACACAGAUAGCUAUGCUAUUAAUCUAUAGACGCUAGACCCACAGACAUUUCAUAGCUAAAUAUUCAAAACAAUUGAAGGGACCAAGAUUUUGUUGCUAUAUUUGUUCAAGAUUUCUGGGGUUUUGAAAUAAUUGAUUUUGAAGAGGGAGAAUAGAAGUUUUGGCAAAGUGAAGAAGAGAAAGAGAAGCGAGGAAGGGGAGAUGGGGGUGGAUUAUUACAAAAUUUUGCAGGUGGAUAGAAGUGCGAAAGAUGAUGACUUGAAGAAGGCUUAUAGAAAGCUUGCCAUGAAAUGGCACCCCGAUAAGAAUCCCAAUAAUAAGAAAGAAGCGGAAGCCAAAUUCAAGCAGAUUUCUGAAGCCUAUGAUGUGCUAAGUGAUCCUCAGAAGAGAGCAGUAUAUGAUCAGUACGGUGAAGAGGGGUUGAAGGGGCAGGUGCCACCGCCAGACGCUGCCGGUGCUGGAGGGCCCACCUUCUUCUCUACAGGGGGUGGACCUACAUCUUUCCGGUUCAAUACCAGGAAUGCUGAUGAUAUAUUUAAUGAGUUUUUUGGAUUUUCAAGCCCCUUUGGAGGAAUGGGAGGUGGUGGUGGUGGAAUGAGGAAUGUUAGGUUUGGUGGCAUGUUUGACGAUGAUAUGUUUGCGUCUCAUGGCGAAGGUGGUGGUGGAUAUCAAUCAGCACCACGAAAAGGAGCUCCGAUUGAGCAGAGGUUGCCUUGUACACUUGAAGAUCUCUAUAAAGGAACCACCAAGAAGAUGAAAAUUUCAAGGGAAAUUCUGGAUGCAAGUGGGAAAACAGUGCCUGUAGAGGAAAUCUUGACGAUUAAUAUCAAGCCUGGCUGGAAGAAAGGUACUAAGAUCACCUUCCAGGAGAAAGGCAAUGAGCACCCAAAUCAAAUACCUUCAGAUCUUGUAUUCAUUGUUGACGAGAAAGCCCAUAGAAUUUUCACUCGUGAUGGGAACGACUUGGUUGUUACGAAAAAAAUCUCUCUGGUAGAAGCAUUAACUGGUUGCACAGUACAUGUUCCUAUGCUAGAUGGAAGGAAUCUAACAAUUCCCAUCAACGUCGUGAUCCAUCCAACUUACGAGGAGGUUGUCCCAAGAGAAGGCAUGCCAAUUUCAAAAGAUCCAACUGAGAAAGGGAAUUUGAGAAUUAAAUUCGAUAUAAGAUUUCCUGCAAAGUUGACAUCAAGUCAGAAAGCUGGUAUGAAGGAGCUCUUGGGUUCUUGAGGUUAGGAUUUCUAUUAGUUUUCUCUGAGACUGUUGUUUAAUUUUUCAUGAUCAGUUCGUCCUUUCGAUAUUCCGGGAUUUAUGGAUUGAAAUAUGGCUUGGUUUUUUGUAUUUAUAGAUAUAGACAACAGUUGGUGUUAUAUUUCAGAAGAUUGAGACCAUAUCCUUUUGUCACUGGAUUGUACAAGAUAUUUUUUCUCUAGACCAGUUAUUAAAGUUAUUUCGGGUUU